AUGGCUAUUAUCAGUCUUAAUAGUUGUUUUAAAACUAGUAGUGAUUUAUAUUUGAAAAUGUUUACAAAUGCCAAGCAUCGAUGGCAUAGGAACAUUAGUAUAAUACUGAAAAAAUUGGUUCCAUGGAUUCCUUUAUUGAUUUAUGGACUCUUCGUGGGAAUAUUAAUAUGUUUUUUUAUAAUACAAAAAGAUAAAGUCCUAAUAGGAUUAGAAAAACUUGUACAUAAAAUACAAACUAUGGGAAUUGG